AUGCGCGCGCACACAGGCCAGGGCGUCCAAAAAGUCGGCAUGCUCACGCCGUGGAUCGAGGCCUUUCCUGCGACCACGUCCCACAUCAUGCAAGAGAUGGACCACUACGCGGGCUUCAAGCUCUCCGACAUUAUACAAAACGGGCCUUCCAAGGUCCUCACGCAGACGACCAACUCGCAACCCGCGAUAAUGGCCACGUCCAUCAUUAUCCUGCGCAUCCUCGAGAAAGAAUUCAACUUCCACGUCGCCGACCACUUUGACGUGGCGCUGGGCCACUCCCUCGGCGAGUUUUCCGCCCUCGUCGCCGGCGGCUACCUCAGCUUCCCCGACAGUUUGUAUCUGGUGCGUGAGCGUGCGGCCGCCAUGUCGCGAGCCACGCAGCAGGCCGUUGCUGAGCACGGCGGCGAGUACGGCAUGGUCGCCAUGAUCACGGAACCAGGCCACCUGCCGGGGCUCAUUGACGCCGUGCACGCCUUUGUCGGGCACUCGAGCGCGUACGGCGCUGAAGCCGCCGCCGCUGGCGCUGACGGAGCCAACAACACCAGCUCCGGCGAGGUCGAGGUGCCACCGAUUGAGCAGGUCCUCAUCGCCAACAUCAACAGCAAAAACCAGAUUGUGCUGAGCGGCAGCAUCGAGCGCAUCCACACGCUCAUUGCCCACGUGCGCCAGUUUCACGGCCACGACCCGCGCGCCGUGCGCCUCGCCAGCGACAGCCCCUUUCACAGCCCCAUCAUGAAGCCUGCCGUCGCCGUCAUGCGCGCCAUGCUCCGCGGGAAAAGCCGCGUCCCCGGCCGCGAGCACGACGACAUCAUCACCUGGCCGGGCAGGAUCGAGUCCAUCAGCAACGUCACUGCGCGCCCGUUUCGCAGCAAGGAGGAGCUCAAGGAGCUGCUGGCCCGUGGAUGUCUCGAGACGGUCCGCUGGUGGGACAGCAUCCGCUACCUGGACAGGGAGGAAAAGAUACGCCGCUGGGUGGGCAUCGGGCCCGGCAAGGUCGGCCGCAACCUCGUCGGCAAGGAAGUCGGCAUGCGCGGCAAGGACUUGGUCAAGGGCGGCGGCGUCUGGGCCAUUACCGACCCGCUCGAGGUUGAAGAGGUGAUUCGCGGCCUCGAGGAGACGGCGUACAUAAUCGACGACGAGGAAUGGGAGGACGACGGCUGA